UCAAAAAAAAAAAAAAAAAAAAAAAUCCAACGUAUAAAAGUAGGGAACUCUCACAGUAACUCAGUCUCACACCCAAGUAUCUUGGAACAGUUAUUACACGAGCCUUAAAAACUUAAAAGUAGUAGCUAGCAAGUCUCAGUUUGUCAUAGGUAUAGCCAUGGCCACGGUAACUAGGCUUCACAUAUUCCCACAAUGUUUCGACCACUACAGGACCGGCCAACCAGUGGUGCUUGGACCGGGUUUAUGCCGGUCCAGGUUGGGACGAGUCGGUGGGCGUAAUGGGUUGUGCUUGAAACUGAAACAGUACUGCAGGUCGUUUAGGUGCGAGAAGGGUGGGGAAGUGGAAGAGAAAGAGGCUGUAAGUGAGAGAAAGAGUGGGAAUUUGAAGAAAAGUGAUGCUAAGCUCGAAAGGGGAAGUGGGUUUUGGAAAUCUUUUAGAACUACUAUUUUGGGGGGUGAUGAGUAUGACAAGGCUGUGGCCAAAGUGGAGGAGGUAUUCUUUUCGAUUGCCCUCCAAGUCGGAAGAUAUAUCAUAACCAUGAUGAGCACUGGUGUGAUACUUGCAGUUGGAUUUCAGUUAUCAGGUGGAGAUAGUCAGAUGAAUACUUUGAUCUGGUAUAGCUGGCUCGGAGGAAUUAUUAUUGGAACAAUGGUAGGUGCUAAUAUGGUGUUAGAUGAGCAUUGUCGAGCUGGUCCACGCAAUGUUGUCAUUACUGGAAGUACAAGGGGAUUGGGAAAAGCGCUUGCUCGUGAAUUUCUUCUUUCUGGAGAUCGUGUGGUUGUUGCUUCUCGCAGCCCUGAGUCUGUACAUAUGACUGUCAAAGAGCUUGAAGAGAACCUAAAGGAUGUUAUAACCACUGCAAGUGGCUCAGCCAGGAAAAAUCUGCAACAUGCAAAAGUGGUAGGCAUAGCAUGUGAUGUUAGUGAACCAGAUGAUGUGCAGAAAUUGGCAAACUUUGCUGGCAAUCAGCUUGGUUCUAUCAACAUUUGGAUAAAUAAUGCUGGCACAAAUAAAGGUUUUAGACCAUUGCUGCAAUUCUCUGAUGAAGAUGUUAAACAGAUUGUCUCAACAAACAUGGUUGGUUCUCUACUCUGCACUCGAGAAGCCAUGCGAGUGAUGAAGAACCAGGCUAAGGGGGGCCACAUAUUUAACAUGGAUGGUGCAGGCUCAGGGGGAUCUAGUACCCCUCUAACAGCUGUCUAUGGGUCCACAAAGUGUGGCCUAAGGCAGCUUCAAGCAUCACUCUUGAAAGAGUCCAAGCGGUCCAAAGUUGGGGUGCACACAGCAUCUCCAGGCAUGGUCCUUACAGAUCUUCUGCUUAGUGGCUCAACUAUACAAAAUAAGCAAAUGUUUAACAUCAUCUGUGAGCAUCCAGAAACAGUUGCUAGAACUUUAGUACCAAGGAUGCGGGUUGUAAAAGGAUCUGGGAAAGCAAUCAAUUACUUGACCCCUCCCAGAAUAUUACUUGCUUUAGUCACUGCAUGGGUACGACGAGGUCGCUGGUUUGAUGACCAGGGAAGGGCAUUAUAUGCAGCAGAGGCAGAUCGGCUACGUAACUGGGCUGAAAACCGCACUCGGUUUUCUUUUACUGAUGCAAUGGAGAUGUACACAGAGAACACUUGGGUGUCAGUGUUCUCACUUUCUGUUGUUUGUGCCUUCAUAAUCCUUUCUAGCACUAGCAGCACAUUUCCUGGUACGUGAGUUUGUGCGCACAAUUACAACAUGAAAGAAUCAGAAAUAGAUGUACAUCAGACCAAUAAUCAUCGUGGGGGUAGUCAACUGCUAUGCCUGAGAUCACAGGGCAACAGAAAGGUACAAGUUAUAUAUCACCAACAGCUGAUUAGCGGUUUUUAUACCCCGCAUUUCUCAGAUGUUUUGGUUAACUAUUAGGAAGUUCAGUUAUACCAUAAUGUUAAAAUUCUGCCACCCAUGCAUUAGAGUCCAGUUAAAAGGUUGCAUAUAUGUCAUGUAUACAGAAAAAGACACUAUAUAUUUAUUUCAUUAAUGAAGCAUUCUCCAUUUAGAUGCAUA